AUGUCUCUCCUUCGCCAGACUACCGGCCAUUACAUGCGGUCUUUCGGGCGUCCGUUGCCGCCAAGCAGUCGCCACAACCACCACACCACGCGCACCUUCCACUUGCCCAUCGUGGUGACGCCAGUCUCGUCAUGCAUUGCCUCAACGUCAUCGACUCUCCACGAUACCGCUGGCAGUGCCUUGCUCGCGACGAAGCAGCAACUGACAGGUCACUACGUGCCUCGCAAUCUCAUUGGCCUCACGGCGUCGCUCUCUCAGUCUCUCGACGACUUCAUCGACAAUUUGAUGACAAUUCCGACACUCCUCUUUGCAAAAUACCCGCCCAGCAUGAACAGCAUCGACGACGACGAAGCCGAGUUGUAG